UCAAAGAAAAAAAAAUGUAUUUAGAAAAGGGUGGAUUGGACGAAGGCAGCAGUAUGAGUAUGCAUGGAAGCGGAUACACUGAAGCUCAUCAUGCUUUCUCCCAAUCCUACCCUCAAAACAUGGAGCUCCAGAUCGACCACUGCUUCACCACCAUCAACGCCGCCGACAUCCAAUCCUCGAAUUGGAAUCCUUUCAACCAAAAUUUCGCACCUGAUUUCAACCAAUUUUACGCUCCUAAAGCUGCAUUUGCCGAAUUCCCCGAUCUGCUCCCCAAUUUUCCCCCAAAUUCUGCCGCUUCUCUGUUUCCUUUGAAUCCGCCCCCUCAGCUCUUCUACUCUUUGCCAAACGGCAAUAGUGAUUUUGAUUUCACUGAAGGUGGGGAAAAUGGAGAUGGAAUUGGCGAUUCCAUACGAAAUCCGAGGGAGAAGCAAAGGAGAGUGGUGGUGAAAGGAAAGUAUGAAGCUCUACGAGCAUUGAUUCCAACUCCAACUAAGAUUGACAGAGCGUCGAUCGUGGGCGACGCCAUUGGGUACAUCAAGGAGCUGAAGACGACUGUGGCUGAGCUGAAGGUUCUGGUGGAGAGAAAGAGACGUGCGAGAGAGGAUGAGAAGGGUGGAUCAAUAUCAUCGUGGCUGCACAGGAAAACGAAGAACACGGAGGUGGAUGUUCGGAUCGUGGACGAUGAGAUCACGGUGAAGCUGGUGCAGGAUAAGAGGAUCAACUGCUUGCUGUUUGCAUCCAAGGUGCUUGAUGAAAUGCCGCUCGACCUGAAUCAUGUGGCUGGAGGCCUCAUUGGUGAUUACUACACUUACCUUUUUAACUCCAAGAUUUGUGAUGGCUCAAUUGUGUAUGCAAGUGCAGUUGCAAACAAGCUCAUCCAAGUUGUGGAUAAACAGUAUGCAGCAAUCCCUACAACAACUAUCUAUUAGGUUAUAGAGAGGGGAUUUGUUCUAAACAAGACUUGAUGCUGAAGUGAAGACCCAAGAAUCAUUCUUAAUCUUAUCUAUAAUUAUGUACAAUUAUUACCUUUAAUUCACUUUAAACUAGACGAAUAAAAGCUGAAAUAUUAUGCAUGGUUGUUUGAAAGUGUAUUGCUAUAUAU